AUGAAGAUCGUUGAACUUGUAAUAGAUGGUUUCAAGUCCUACAGCCAGAGAACCGUCAUCUCUGGCUGGGAUCCAUCCUUUAACGCUGUCACCGGUCUCAAUGGCUCAGGAAAAUCCAAUAUCCUCGAUUCAAUAUGUUUUGUUCUAGGCAUUACCAAUAUGUCUACCGUGCGAGCCCAAAAUUUGCAGGAUCUCAUUUACAAGCGCGGCCAAGCGGGUGUGACCAAGGCCAGCGUUACAAUCGUUUUCGACAACAAUGACAAGAGCACGAGUCCCAUCGGAUUCGAAGAAUACAGCCAAAUUAGUGUUACGAGACAAAUUGUCAUGGGCGGAACUAGCAAAUAUCUGAUCAACGGACACCGCGCCCAACAAACAACAGUUCAGAAUCUAUUUCAGAGUGUUGGUUUGAACAUCAACAACCCAAAUUUCAUCAUCAUGCAGGGACGUAUUACAAAAGUACUCAAUAUGAAGGCCGCUGAGAUUCUGGCUAUGAUUGAAGAAGCAGCCGGAACACGGAUGUUCGAAGAUCGGAAAGAAAAGGCCACCAAAACCAUGGCCAAGAAAGAAAUGAAGGUGUUGGAGAUCGAGGGCCUGCUCAAGGAAGAGAUCGAACCCAAACUUGACAAACUACGAGGCGAGAAGAGAGCCUGGCUCGACUAUCAAAAGACACAAAGUGAAUUAGAACGUCUGACGAGAGUUGUUACUGCGGCUGACUACGUCCGGGCCGGCGACAAGAUGAAGUCAGCCUCUCAGGAGCAUGAGAUCAAGCGGGCCAAGGUUCAAUACUUGGAGGACAAUGCACUUAAACUCAAGCGUGAAAUCGAAAAUCUAGAGGAAGAUGCGCACAGAGUAAAGUCAAUUCGAGACAAAGAGAUGCGAAAGGGAGGUCGUUUUCAGGAACUUGAAAACAAGGUCAAAGACUACAGUCACGAACUUGUUCGCUUAGGGACUGUCCUUGAUCUGAAACAGUCCAGCAUCGCCGAAGAGGAGCAGAGGAAGAAAGACGUGGCCAAAAAUGUAAAGGCGCUCGAAAAACAAGUCAAUGACAAAAAGAAUGUACUCGAAAACUUGCAGUCGCGAUGGGACACUGCAAAAUCCGACUCUGACUCUCAGAAUGCUGAGGUGGAGAAGAAGGAAGAACUCCUUUCAACACUACAGACUGGAGUCGCUUCCAGAGAAGGUCAAGAAAGUGGCUACCAGGGGCAGCUGCAGGAAGCUCGCAAUCGCCUAAUGUCUGCGGGCACGGAGCAAGGACAAGCGAAACUGAAAAUAUCACACCUUGAAAAACGAAUCAAGGAGGACGAACCUAGAGCGAAGAAAGCCCGAGAACAAAACGCUGGAUUGUUGAACGGGCUCGAAACUCUUCGCAAACAGGCCGAGAAGCUUGAGACUGACCUCCAAAAACUGGGCUUUGAACCUGGUCGUGAGGAAAGUAUGCGUGAACGAGAAGUUAUGCUACAGAAAGACAUCCGUCGAUUAACACAACAAGCUGACGAACUAAAACGUAAGGUCGCGAACGUGGAUUUCCAUUUCAGCGAUCCAUCGCCCAAUUUUGACCGCUCGAGAGUUAAAGGGUUGGUCGCUCAGCUGUUCACCCUGGACAAAAAUAAAUCGAUGGCAGGAACAGCGCUUGAAAUUUGUGCUGGUGGCAGGCUUUAUAAUGUUGUUGUGGACACAGCGGAUACUGGUACACAGCUGCUACAGAAAGGCAAGCUCAAGAAACGAGUGACAAUUAUUCCCCUCAACAAGAUAUCAGCGUUCAAGGCUUCUGCAGAGAAAGUUGGAGCGGCACAAAAGAUCGCUCCUGGUAAGGUUGACCUGGCUCUGUCCUUAAUUGGGUAUGAUCAUGAGGUGUCCAAGGCGAUGGACUAUGUCUUCGGAACAACAUUAAUUUGCCAAGAUGCUGAGACUGCGAAAAGAGUUACAUUUGAUCCAUCGGUUCGGUUGAAGAGUGUCACCCUCGAAGGCGAUGUCUAUGAUCCUUCUGGAACUCUCUCUGGCGGCAGUUCGCCAAACUCCAGUGGCGUUCUCGUCAUUCUACAGCAGCUGAAUGAGGUGACGCAAGAAUUAAAGAGGCAUCAGAGUGAGCUCCAGCAGCUCCAGCAGACUAUGAAAAGCGAAACUGCUAAGCUUGCAAACAUCAAGUCUGUCAAGCAGGAGCUCGAUCUGAAGACCCACGAAAUCAAGCUUACCGAAGAGCAAAUCUCAGGAAACUCGUCAUCAUCAAUCAUUCAGGCGAUCGAAGAGAUGAAAACGUCGAUUACCCAACUCAAGGAAGACAUGUCCAAUGCAAAGACCAGAGAAAGUCAAGCCGCCAAGGAUGUCAAGAGAAUAGAAACGGACAUGGAAGACUUCAGCAAGAACAAGGACAGCAAACUCAAGGAGCUUGAAAAGUCAUUGAUAGAAUUGAAAAAGACACUCACCAAAACGUCAGCAGCUAUCAAAUCACUUCAAAAGGAACUGCAAGAUGCCCGAAUAGACAGCGAACAGGCUAUACUUGACCUCAGUGCUGCGGAGGAACAAUUGGUCGAAGUUGGCAGUGCGAUCGAUGCUCAGAAAGAGGAAAUGCAAACGCUGAGGCAAGAAGAAACCGAAGUCAAAAACAACCACGACAUCACGCAGGCUGAACUCGCAGAUGAGCAGGCCAAACUAACAGGAUUCGACGAUGAGCUUCGAGAGCUUGAGAAAGCCAAGUCGAAGAAGACCAAACAGAUCCAGGAGGAAGGACUCGAAGCGCAGAAGCUGGGGCACGCGGUCGAGAAGGCACAGAAAGAUGCGCAAGCGGCCGCGGCACUGGUGGCGGAGCUGGAAGCAGAACACGACUGGAUUGAAGACAACAAGAACCAAUUCGGACGCGCCGGCACACCGUAUGACUUCCAGGGCAAGAACAUGGCAGAGUCGCGGGCAACGCUCAAAAACGUCCGGGAGCGCUUCCAGGGCAUGAAGAAGAAGAUCAACCCGAAAGUGAUGCCGAUGAUCGAUAGCGUCGAGAAGAAAGAGGCAUCGCUGAAAAACAUGCUGCGGACCGUGGUGCGCGACAAGAAGAAGAUCGAGGAGACCAUCACCACGCUGGACGAGUACAAGAAAGAAGCGCUCCUCAAAACCUGGCGCCAGGUCACCGAUGACUUUGGAAACAUCUUCUCCGACCUCCUUCCGGGCAACAACACGGCCAAGCUGAUACCUCUAGACGACAACAUCGACCGGAUCCAGGAGGGCCUCGAGGUCAAGGUCUGUCUGGGCAAGGUCUGGAAACAGAGUCUCAACGAGCUAAGUGGUGGUCAGAGAUCCCUAAUCGCACUCUCGCUGAUCCUGGCGCUGCUGCAAUUCAAGCCGGCACCAAUGUACAUCCUGGACGAGGUGGACGCGGCGUUGGACCUGAGCCACACGCAGAACAUCGGGCGCAUCAUCAAGACGCGCUUCAAGGGCUCGCAAUUCAUCGUCGUGUCGCUGAAGGACGGCAUGUUCCAGAACGCCAAUCGUGUGUUCCGGACGCGCUUUUCCGAGGGCACCAGUGUCGUGUCGGUCAUGACGCCUGGAGAAAUCAAGGGUUGA